AUGGCGCAAACAUCGACCCUAACGUCCGCAACCUCCGACCCCUACUACCUAUACACGGUCGAUUUGCCUGCGCUAUUACCUACUGCCAGCGACAUCGAAUCGGACCACUGCCUCUUCAAUACUCUAGACCUCCAGUGGCGGAAGACGGGCAUGCUGGAAACAUUGUUGCCGCAAUCGUCGUCCUUAACGAUCCCCUCAGCCCCAUAUUACGCACCCGUGGUCGAUUUGCCGGCGCCAUUGCCCACUACUGCCGAGAUCGAAAGUUCCGGCGAAUACAUGCGGGAUGAAACUUAUGCGACAAAAGUCGUCGCGGUUGGCCCUCACUUCGUUGCUAAAUAUGGAAAAUGGCUGAAUCUCGAGGAAGGUCGAAUGAUGAUGUUUAUCCGACAGCAGACACGAGUUCCUGUCCCUCGAGUCUACGCCCUCUACCAUGAUAAUGGGCACAAUUUUAUAGUUAUGGAAAGAAUACACGGCCACACCUUGAAGGAAACAUGGGACACGUUCGACGAUCCGAAGAAGCGGGAGAUUAUUACACACUUGAAGGAGUACCUGAGAGAAAUACGCAAUGUUGAAUCACCAGCUGCGUAUUGCAGUCUCGACAAAGGGCCUCUCCUUCAUAGUAUUUUCCGUCCCUCCAACAACUUUUGCGACAACGGCCCGUUCGACACCGAGGCAGAGUUCAACGAUGCUAUGAUUAGGAAAUGCUGCGCCUCCGAGGCUCUCAACAACAAGGGGGAAUUCUACCAACGAGUUCUCCCUCAAGUCUUGCACGGCCACGCACCAGUUCUGACGCAUGGAGAUAUCCAGAAGAAGAACAUCAUGAUCCGACCCGGGCCCACAGUCGACAUCGUCUUGCUUGACUGGGAGAGUGCGGGCUGGUAUCCGACCUACUGGGAAUACUCCAAUACCAUCUUUGCAUCGUGGUUUGAAAACGACUGGUACCGAUGGGUCGACGACUUCCUGGAGCCGUUUCCGCAUGAAUACGCUUGGUUCGCCAUGUUGGAACAAGAAAUUGGAUGGUAG